ACAGGUUAUCAAAAUAACAAUAAACAUGCAGAGAAAUGUUUUUUUGGUAUUGGUCGUUUUUUGGUUUUGUUCAUUUUCGAUGAUAGAAGCAAGGGGAAAGAGAGACAGAGAUCCCCUGCGAUCAGGACCUAUUUGCCGCCGACCUUCAGUUGCAAAAGCAAGAGUAGAACCGUAUCAUGAUAGAUAUUAUCAACAUGUUACCGUGGUGUUCAUAUGUAGACCUCCAUUUACACUGGUUGGACCGAACUCGGCAACGUGCAAGAGAAAUGGCAACUUCACCAAAUUGCCAGAAUGUGUUGUUUGCAAAAAUGAAAAUCCUCCGGAAAAUGGAUCUGUUAAACCAGGAGGCAAACAUAUUGAAGUCGGCCAACAAGUAAGGUUUGCAUGCAAUCACGGAUACACUCUGAAAGAAGACGUUCGCCAAAUUUGUGAAGAGAAUGGCAAAUUGGAAGGACCCGAACCUCUUUGUGAACGAAAUCCAUUCUGUGUGAGACCUCCUUCUUCUACUGUUAUAAUGACUCCGGAAAAACAAGAAUAUGAAAUCGGUGAAAAAAUUAAAUACAAGUGUAAACCUCAUCAAGUUCUGGAACCAAGAAAUUUAACGUUCGAUAUUUGCCAAGAAAAUCGCGAUUUCACUCACAGAGUGCCAACAUGCGUAAAUUCCACAGAACCUAUCAAAUGUAGGCGACCAGAAUCACUGAACAGAAGAAUUGUGAUUAGACCACGAAGGGAUGGUUUUUCGGUCGGCACGGUUGUGCGAUUCACUUGUUCGUCUAAUAAUUUCAAUUUUUCUGGAGACAAAAUGGCAACUUGCAAAGAUGAUGGAACUUUUGAUAUAAAAAAUGAACCUACAUGCAAAGUAUGGCGUUGAUGAUUUAUAGAGAUAAUUUGUAAUCACAGCAAAACCACGAGCCAGAAAACCAGCUAUGAGGCGUUUCUUUUCUUCGAAGCUGUAUCCCAUAUUUCAUGUACCUCGCUGAGACAAAGGCUUUCGAAACCUGGAAAUAUUCGACAAUUCGCAAUGUCGCGAAGAAAUAUUAGGUUCUUUCCUAUGGAAGACUAUUUUAUUAACUUAUGUUCAAUUUUCUGUUGCCUGUUUUCUGUUUUAUUUAUUCCAUAAAGUUGACCCGAAUUUUUUUUAUUCUAUUGAAAUAAGGAAAUGCUAAAUGAUGGUAAACUAGGGUUUCCUUGCUAUUAUACUUAUUUCUUAAAUUUACGUUGUACAUUUAACACCACAUUUUAUAUAUUGUCAAACUCAAUUUAAUACAAUAAUAACUUAAGUUUGUAAACACUCGGAACUUGUCCCUGAAAUAAAAGUUUUCAUCUGUGUACUAGUUUGGCUGUGAGUACUCAUCCCUAUACUGUCAGUGUGCAGUCAAAACAAAGAAAUUUUUAUAUUGAAACUUCAGUUAUGUUGAAUACACUAACCAAUCGCUGUUUUCCUAACCAUAUUGGCUUAAACUGCCCACGUUUCCUGACGGCUCAUGCAUCAUCAUAAAUCUAUAUAAUUUCAGUACCUCUUAUGAUUACUAAAGUAACUCUUGAGUUUUUUGUUAGAUAAGUCUUCUCCUCUUUCUUAGUGAUUGCAGCAAACUUUGCUUUAGACAAAUUUUUACAAUAUUCAUUAUUAAUUAAGUUACAUAUCAUUUUUGAUUAUUGCCAGCAUGAGUUUCCAUUCCAUCAUGACAAAUAUUAUUUAUUUCCAACGUGUGAGUUUCAUUGUUGUCUAUUGGAACUUAAAAAUUAGAAUAUAAGGCUAAUAAAAUAGAAUCAUGUGAAUGCCCCGUAAAACUUUAAUGUGAAUGAAUAAUUGUAAAUUAUUGAAAAAUAUAUGUAGAGAUCUUCAUUAAAUCUAUUCCUUCGCUAUUUUUGUGACUCGUUUAAAUUCUUUGUCCUCUUUAUGAUAUUUUUGUGUUCAUUUAGGUUGAA